AGGACCCUCUGUUGUCCUAUGCCUGUGUUGGCUGCCUGGAAGCCUUGCUUGACUACCUGCAUGCCCGGAGCCCAGACAUCGCAUUCCAUGUGGUCUCCCAGCCCUGGAAUCGGUUUUUGCUGUUUACCCUCCUGGAUGCUGGAGAGAGUUCCUUCCUCAGACCUGAGAUCUUGAGGCUCAUGACCCUGUUUGUGCGGUUCCAGAGCAGCAGUGUCCUCUCUCAUGAGGAAGUGGGUCAUGUUCUGCAAGGUGCAGCUUUGGCUGACCUCUCUACCCUGUCGAACACCACACUCCAGGCUCUGCGUGGCUUCUUCCUGCAGGUCCAGAGCAUGGGCCUCCUGGCUGAUUACAGCACAGCCCAGACCCUGCAGGCCUCCUUAGAGGGCCUUUCGAACCUGAGCACCUCCUCCGCCCAGCCACCCCUGGACAUGCUUUGCCUCGGAGGGGUGGCUGUAUCCCUAUCCCACAUCAGAGACUGACCGUCAUAACUUGAAGGCCCAGAAAGAGAGAACUAAGACUUGGAGAAGAGAAAGUCAGAAUUGUUGGGGAAAUGGAUGACAAAUGUAGCCAUUUACUCCAUUGUUGAAAUGGAGUCAGGAAAUAAAAUGAUACACUCACAUGUCUCUA